UAAAGUGCACAUGCUUUACUCUAUAGAUUGAGGACGUUGGAGACAAGAGAUAGAUUGGGCACCAUAGUGUUGCAAGUUUCCUGAUUGGAUAAUGAGCCAAGAGUGAAGGAAAAUAGAACACAGGGACAAAAUUCUCAUUUCACACUGAAACAACCCACCAAACGCAUUCAUUUCGCAGCUUGUCUCCAUCGAAAACAACCAAAAACCUCCACUUCAUCCAUCCGCUCAGCAAUCCCACCAGUCCUCAUUAUCUUUCCCAAAAUCAAACCAUCAAAAUCCCUAAAUUUCCCCUUCCGGAUCCGGCAAUGAAACGCCCACUUGCCGCCGUUGGGGACAUCAAUAUGAACAAAAAGCUCAAACAACAAGAAGAAGAAAUGUCGAGAGAAGCUGAGGCCGUACUAUUACACGACAAUCUGUUGUUCGAGGUGCUGAAACACGUCGACGACGGGCGUACAUUAGCCUCAGCUGCCUGCGUUAGCAGACAAUGGAAGCGGACGGCGCAAGACGAGCGGCUGUGGGAGUUGAUCUGCACCAAGCACUACAACAGCACUCCUCUACAGCUCCGAGUCGUCGUUCUGGCGCUUGGCGGCUUCCGCCGGCUCUACUCCAGCCAUCUCUGGCCGCUUCUCAGGCAGUCUUCUUCGUCUUCGUCUUCGUCUUCCCCGUCGUCUGUUUCUGCUUGGCCUUGCCUUCCUCCGGCUCCGGCGGAGAGGCCACGGUCGAAGGCUCGGUGGGGAAGGGAUGAGGUGAAUCUUUCACUGUCCUUACUUUCGAUUAAGUAUUUCGAGAAAAUGAGUUUUAAUCGAGGAAAAUAAUCAUAUUGCAUAAUUAAUUUACUAAUAUUUAUUUAGACUGAAUUUAAUUUCAUAUGAAAUUUUCUAUUUAAUCUAAAAAAAUUCAGUUUUAAUUAUUAUGACGUGAGAUUUGGCCUCAGUUUGAUAGGAAUUAAAAUUAGAUUUUUAGUAGAUUUUAAUAAAAUAUUAAUAUAUAUGAUUAAAAAAUUAUGAAAUUAAAAAAAUAGAUUAAUAACGAUUAUUCAAUUUUGACUUAAAUUAAAAUAUGAUUUAAAUCAGUAUCAAGGAAGACCUCUUGUCUAAGAUCUGUAUCAAUUAUCAUCAUUUCAUUUGAUUGUCGGCGUGAAUAUAAUGGAUGUACCAUACGUGCUGCUCAAUGUACCACUGUUUUUUCUCGUGACUAUUUAAUGAAUCUUUUAUGUUUAACCUAAUUAUUUUAUGAUCUGAACCGAAUGGAUGUAGAAUUUCAUCAUGCAAAGUUUUCAAUAUAAAUGUGUCAAAUUAAA